GGCUGAGGACAGCCCCCUCAUGCUGGGGCCCUAGGGGAUUUUAAGCACGUUCCAGGAACCCCCCGUUCAGUUCCUGGUCCCCCACUUUCUCAACCCCACAGAUGCUCCGGGCCCCUGCCCCUGCCCCAGCUAUGGCUCCUGGGGCUCCCUCAUCCAGCCCCAGCCCUGUCUUGGCUGUGCUGCUCUUCUCUUCUUUGGUGCUGUCCCCGGCCCAGGCCAUCGUGGUUUACACCGACAGGGAGGUCCAUGGUGCUGUGGGCUCCCGGGUGACCCUGCACUGCUCCUUCUGGUCCAGUGAGUGGGUCUCAGAUGACAUCUCCUUCACCUGGCGCUACCAGCCCGAAGGGGGCAGAGAUGCCAUUUCGAUCUUCCACUAUGCCAAGGGACAACCCUACAUUGACGAGGUGGGGACCUUCAAAGAGCGCAUCCAGUGGGUAGGGGACCCUCGCUGGAAGGAUGGCUCCAUUGUCAUACACAACCUAGACUACAGUGACAAUGGCACGUUCACUUGUGACGUCAAAAACCCUCCAGACAUAGUGGGCAAGACCUCUCAGGUCACGCUGUAUGUCUUUGAAAAAGUGCCAACUAGGUACGGGGUGGUGCUGGGAGCUGUGAUCGGGGGUGUCCUCGGGGUGGUGCUGUUGCUGCUGCUGCUUUUCUACGUGGUUCGGUACUGCUGGCUACGCAGGCAGGCGGCCCUGCAGAGGAGGCUCAGUGCCAUGGAGAAGGGGAAAUUGCACAAGCCAGGAAAGGACGCGUCGAAGCGCGGGCGGCAGGUUCCCUGCUCAGAUGGAGAGUUAAACGUAAUAGUAAGGCCAGGUACAGUGGCAUAAACCUGUAGUCUCAGCUACUUGGGAGGAUCCCUUGAGCCCAGGAGUUCAAGACCAGCCUGGCAAGACAUAGCAAGAUCCUAGCUCUUUAAAAAAAAAAUAGUAAUUCCCUUUCCUCAAGAUUAUAUUAAUAAGGCUACUUCAUCUGGACAUUCAUCAGUCUCAAGGUAUGGUUCAUCUGGAGACAGAGUCAUUCCUGCACUUGGUACUUUUGGAGUCUGUUUAUUCACCUCACAAUUUUAAGUACUUUAUAUUUAACAAAAUACAAAAACUGGGUGCUUUCAUAAAUGUUUUCUCAUCUAAUUCUUGGAACAGCUUAGUGGAGUCUUUAAUAUUAUCCCCCAUUUUACAGAUGCAAACCUCUGUUGAAUGACUGCCAGACGUAAGGGUUCUGCUUUGAGAAACUGAUAGAAUCCAAUUUAUGUUCUGUAGAUUAUGCUGUUUCCAUCUCACUUCAAUAAAUACUUAUCAAGCACUUACUUGUGUUCAGCACUGUUCUAUACACUAAAGAGGUAUAAAAGAAGCAAAAGAUUCAUUCAACAAAUAUGUCAGUGCCUAAUCACAUGGCAAGUAUUGUUCUAGGUGUUGGGCAUACAGCAGUGAGCAAAAGAAAGUCCCUGCACUUAUUCAACAAAUACAUCAGUUAGUGACAAAUGCCAUGAAAGAAAAUAAAGCAGAGUAGUCUAGGAAAGUCUCUCUGAAGACUGACAUUUGAGUAGAGGCUUUAAUGACGAUGUAAGAAUAAGCUAUGUGAAUGUGUGGGAAAAGAUCCUCUGGGCAGGUGAAAUAUCAAGUAGAAAGUCCCUGAAGCAGGUUUGUGCCUGUAUGUUCAAGGAAGAGUAAAAAAAACAUCAUGGGCCAGAUGCAGUGGCUCAUGCCUGUAAUCUCAGCACUUUGGGAGGCCAAGGUGGGCGGAUUGCUUGAGUCCAGGAGUUUGAGACCAGCCUGGGCAACAUGGUGAAACCCAAUCUCUACAAAAACUACAAAAAUUAAUCAAGCAUGGUGGCGUGCACUUGUGGUCCCAGCUACUCAGGAGGCUGAGAUGGGAGGAUCACUUGAGCCUGGAAGGCAGAGGUUGCAGUGAGCUGAGAUUGCGCCACUGCACUCCAGCCUGAGCAACAAGAGUGAGGGAAUGGGAAGGGGAAGAGGAAAGAGAAAGAAAGACCAUCAUGGCUGGAGCUAUGUAAGGGAGAGAAUAUAAGAAAUGAGGUUAGGUAGAUAGCCAGAAUAUGUGUCUUUGGAACAGGACAAAGAAUUUAGAUUUUUUUCUGAGCUGAUGAAAAGGCAUUAUAGGUUUUGGGGCAGAGAAAAACAUGGUCUGUCAUGUUUUUAAAGGAUUGUUCUGACAGAUGGGUAGAAAAAAGACUACUGGCUGGGUGUGGUGGCUCAUGCCUAUAAUCCCAGCACUUUGGGAGGCUGACAUGGGAGGAUCACUUGAGCCCAGGAGUUCAUGACCAGCCCAGGCAACAUAGCGAGACCCCAUCUCGAAAGAAAAAGAAAAGAAAAGAAAAAAAAAGAAGGAAGGAAGGAAAGAAGGAAAGAAAGAAAGAAAAUAGAGGUACAAGAAACCAGGGAAAACAAGAGAGUCUUGCAAUGGUACAAGCAAGAUGAUGGGGCCUGGACUAGGGUGGUAGUGAUGGAGAUAAUAGGAAAUACUAAGACUUGAGACAAGUUUCAUGGUAAAAUAAGCUGGAUCUGCCUGUAUAUUUUUCAGUACAGAGAGCUCUAUCAAAGAGCCUUUCUUUAAAGGGCGGCGGAGGAAUUGGACAUUAGUUGGAGAUGAAUGUGGGGUUAUGGGAGGGCUUG